AUGGAAAAGUCCAAAAACUUCAGAAUCGACGCCCUGCUCGCGGACGAAAGCAGCCGGGUCGGCAGGGACCUGUCUCCGGGUGUGAGCAGCGACAGUCCCUCCACAAGUCCCGUCUCCGCGCUGCGGGCGGACACUCCGUCCCCGCGGGCCACUGGGCAGCUGCAGACGGGGAUCAUUCCCAAGCCGGGCGUUCUCAACCUCCCGCACCCGGGACUGGCCUCUUUUCCUCAAGCGGCGAUUCCGGGCAUGUACCCCGCGCCCAUGUACCCGCUGUCGGCGCUGGGCGGGCAGCACCCGGCCUUCGCCUACACGGGCUUCAGCACGCAGCUGAGCCAGGCGUACCCGGAGCACCUGAAGGCGGCCGCGAUGGCGGGGUCUCCGCUGGAGCACUGGAUCCGGGCUGGAAUCAUGAUGCCGCGACUCCCAGAUUACGGAACUGGCCCUCAAGCUGGACUGCUGGGAAAGUGCCGAAGGCCUCGAACCGCUUUCACCAGUCAGCAGCUGCUGGAGCUGGAGAACCAGUUCAAGCUCAACAAGUACCUGUCUCGACCCAAACGCUUCGAAGUGGCCACCUCUCUGAUGCUGACCGAAACACAGGUGAAAAUUUGGUUCCAGAACAGGAGGAUGAAGUGGAAACGAAGUCGAAAAGCCAAAGAGCAGGCGUCUGCAUCUGCUCACUCUGAGUUGGAGCAACUCCGCGCUGGAGGGAAGACUGUGACCAGUAAAUCUGAAGAGCCCAGACAUGCCGCGCUUCCUGAGAAUGAAGGGCUGGAACUGGAGCUGGAGGAGGAUGACGAGGAUGAGGCAGAGGAAGAUGAGGAAAUGCAUAAUUUUUCUGUCGCCGUGAGCAACGGUGUAGGGACUGGGAUGAGUCGAUCUACAGACUUGCUGCAGCAUAACCGCGACGUCUCCUUCGAUGCUCACAGUUCAUACUCUGAUGAUGAGCUAGAGGCGCUGCAGGACGAAGGCGCCGACUGCAAGAUUGGAGCAGGACUCUGA